UAAACAAAAUGGUCAGUCUAUAUAAGAAGCUCCUUAUAUAUUCAGUCGAAACUCAUGCUUAGCUAAGAGAAAGAGACAGGGUUAUCAUUAUGUUUAUGUUUAGUUUUGCUCUAUAUAAGAAGUCCUUUAUUGAGUUGAACCUCCAUGCUUAUCUCAAAGAAAGAGAGAGAGAAGAAAGAUAUCAAACCAUCUAAUUGCCAUGAUGAUGAGAGGUCUGCCUUGUUGCAGUUCAAGGAAAGUUUUGUUAUUAUUAACAAAUCUGCUUCUCCAUGUGAUCCCAAGGUUUUACAAUGGAAAUCUCAAGGAGUAAAUGCAAGCAAUUGCUGCUCAUGGGCUGGUGUCCAUUGUGAGGAGGAGACUGGUAAUGUGAUUGGCCUUGAUCUUAGCAGUAGUUGUUUAUUCGGCUCUAUCAACUCCAACACCACCCUUUUCAACCUUGUUCAUCUUCAGAGCUUGAACCUUGCUGACAAUGAUUUCAAUUCCUCUCAAAUUCCUGUUGCUGUUGGCAAACUUUUGGGCCUUACUUACCUCAACCUCUCUAAUUCUUUUUUUUGGGGUCAAAUUCCUCUAGAAGUUUCAUACUUGUAUAAGUUAUCACAUCUUGACUUGUCUUUCAAUUAUAAUGAAAAUGUUGAGUUAAUAUUUUCGAAACUUAAAAGUCCUAAUUUAGGUAGCCUACUUCAAAAUCUAACCAGUUUAGAAGUACUUGAUCUCAGUGAAGUAGAUAUAUCGUCCAGAGUACCCGAUUUUCUUUCUAAUUUUACUUCUUUGACAUCUAUAAUUCUUCAUGAUUGUGGGCUGCAAGGUGAAUUCCCUGCAGCCAUUUUUCAAUUGCCAAAUUUAAGAAUUCUAGAUGUAAGCUCCAAUGGCAAUCUCAAGGGUUAUUUUCCUGAAUUCCACCAUAGGAGUCCACUUAAAGAAUUGAGACUUGAUGGAAGUGGGUUUUCUGGAAGCUUACCUUCUUCAAUCCAAAUGCUUGAUUCAUUGGAUAUAUUAGCUGUUGAUUCCUGUGAUUUUUCUGGACCUUUUCCCUCUUCACUAGGCAAGCUUAACAAACUUACUUAUCUAAAUCUUGGGGUUAACAACUUUAGUGGUCAAAUUCCAUGUUCUCUUCAAAAUCUUACCCACCUCACAGUAUUAGAUCUUCAUGAUAACCAAAUAUGUGGUCCAAUCCCAUCUUGGCUAGGAAACCUUACUCAUUUAAAGUUCUUAGAAUUUUCAUAUAACCAGUUGCAUGGUCUUGUUCCACAAUCAUUAUCUAACCUCAUGGAUCUUGAAACUCUUUAUCUGAAGACUAACAAAUUAAAUGGAACUUUGGAAGUCGACAUGUUUUUAAGUAUGAAAAGUCUUUCAUACCUAAACCUUGGUGAAAAUAAUUUGUCGCUACUUUUUAGGAAGGGAAACAUAAAUGCAACAAGUUCAAAGUUCAAGUAUGUGGGAUUCAAAUCAUGCAACUUACAUGAAUUCCCGUAUUUUAUUAGGCAUCAAAAUGAGCUGGAGUGGUUAUCAAUUCCUGAUAACAAGAUCUGUUGUGAAAUACCUAAAUGGAUGUGGAAUACAAGCAUAGACACUUUGGUCGCCUUCAACAUUGCUGACAACUUCCUAAAGGGCUAUCUGCCUGCAGUUAUUCCAUGGGUUAACUUACGUUUAUUUCGUGUUUCAUUUAACAUGUUGCGAGGAACACUACCGGUUCCUCCACCAUCUGUCGUGUAUUAUAACGUGUCAAAUAACCUACUAAGUGGAGAAGUCUCAAAUAUGUUCUGCAAUAUGAGUUCUCCUUACAGCCUUGAUUUGUCUGAUAACACAUUGGAGGGGAAGAUUCCAGAGUGUUUGGGAAACUUAAGUAGUACUUUGUAUAUUUUGAGCUUACGAAACAACUCUUUUCAUGGCUUCAUUCCUGAAAUAUGCAGCAACAAUGUAAGCACGAUGAGAAUUAUUGAUGUCAGUUAUAAUAAGUUGCAAGGGAAGCUACCACGAUCAUUGUCCAACUGUAAGAUGCUUCAAGGUAUUGUUGUCUCCAACAAUCAACUGAGUGAUGUUUUUCCAUCUUGGUUAGGGUCCCUUCCAUUCUUGAAGCUUCUCAUACUACAACACAACGGGUUCUAUGGUGUAAUUGAGAAACCUGAAAGUUACAUUGGGUUCCCCAAGUUGCAAGUGCUUGAUAUCUCUUUCAAUAAUUUCACAGGUGAGUUGCCAUCUCAUUACGUUUCUAGUUGGAAUGCCAUGAAGGCCAUCGAUCCCGAUCCUUUUAUGUAUUUGAGUGUGCUGUUGAAUAUUACUAUUUCAAACACUUAUCGCUAUGAAGUUGUAACUCGUUAUGCAAUCAGAAUUACAACCAAAGGGGUCAAUAGAUACUAUGGAGCCAUCCAAGCUAUCUUUGCUUUUAUUGAUAUGUCAAGCAAUAAAUUUGAAGGAGAGAUUUCUAUACUUUUUGGGAAUCUAAUGUCCCUUCACUCCUUAAAUCUCUCGAACAACAUGCUCACUGGUUGCAUCCCAUCUUCUUUGGGGAAUUUAACGGAACUCGAAUCAUUGGACCUUUCUCAAAACAAUCUUUCCGGAGAGAUUCCUCAACAGCUCAAGCAACUUGGAUUCCUUGGAAGCUUCAAUGUAUCGCAUAACAUGCUUACAGGGCCUAUACCUCAAGGGAAACAAUUCAGUGCAUUUGACAGCAGUUCGUUUGAGGGAAACCCAGGAUUGUGUGGUGAUCCAUUGUCUAAGAAAUGUGGUGAUUUAGAGACCUCAUCACCGCCUCCUUCAGUUUUUGAAGAAAAUGAUGAUUCAGAAUCUGUAUUCAAAUUGGAUUGGAAAUUUGUGUUAAUAGGAUACAUAAGUGGGCUAGUUGUUGGAGUGGUUCUUGCCGACAUUGUGAUAAUAAGGAGGCAUGGAUGGUUGGUUAAGAUGCAAUGCAAAAGGAGAAGGCGAAGGAGCUAUUCAAGAAACUGAAGAGCUUACAUGGAUGAGGAACUAUCUCUGCUCUGGCCUGGUUGUUGUUAGUUCAUUUGAGGGAAACCCAGGAUUGUGUGGAGAUCCAUUGUUUAAGAAAUGUGGUGAUACAGAGGCCUCGUCACUGCCUCCUUCAGUUUUUGCAGAAAAUGAUGAUUCAAAGUCUUUAUUAAAAUUAGAUUGGAAAUUUGUUGAUAGGAUUCAUUAGAGUGCUGGUUGCUGGAGUAGCUCUUGAUGACAUUGUGAUCAUGAGGAGGCAUGAAUAUUGUUUAAAUUGCAAUGCAAAAGGAGAAGGCGAAGAAGACAUCAAAGAAAUUGAAGAACUUCCAAGGGUAUGGAACUAUCUCUGCAUUGUAUGUUGUUGGUUUUCUUUUUCUUUUUCAACUCCUAUGUACAAAUAUAUAUGUAUAUAUAUAUAUAUAUAUGUAUGUAUAUUGGUCAAAGAUCCUAUGUACAUAUGAUGUUGUUGUAAACUUAGUCCAGACCUUUUUUUUUUUUUUGUUUUUUUGUUUUUUUUUUUUUUUUGUUGUCCUACUUUUUAUUUUCAACUAUCUCUGCUGUUGUACAUAAACAUAAGUGAGCUGCUAUGCUUGUUUUCUUUUGUUCUAUCUUAAAUAUCAUGUUAUCUACUGCUUGGAAUUUGAUAUGCUUCAUCUUCUUUGAAUUGUAUGUACUAACUAUGAAUUUCCCUAGGUGAAAAUGAUAAUGGCUUGGAAUUGACUAAACCUGGUAGAAUAUAACCAUAGCUUUAAUUUAUUAUUUCAAUAUUUUGAAAAUUUUCGUAGGACUUGAUCAAAACCCACAAAAAUAGCAAAAAUAAAGGGAAGUAUGUUAAUGCAAUGGAAGCCAAGCUACACUUCUUUUUUGUUGACUAAAGGCAAGAAACAGAGAGGUUUAUUAAUUGACAAGAGGCAUAAUAUAUUCCAUGUUGUAUGUUUAAUUAUCAUAAUAUACCAACACUGAUUAGAAGGCAUCCAAGAUAAGAAAAAUAUUCUGCUUAAUUCUACCAAUAAGGAAUUCUUAUUCAUAGAUUUGCUUACUACAGACGUUUAUAGUUUACAGACUUUGAUGAACAAUGAUAGAUCAACAAGGAUCCAACCUGGUGUGUCACUAGAUAAUACCAAAGGGGUAACACAAUUGUAAUUCGGUUAGAUAAACAACCUAUCCUAUAUUGAUGUUAGCUAUAGUGAUAUUGAUAUUAGCUUUAGAUAAGGAUGAAUAGGGGGAUGGUGUGGUCAGCUUUCCUGUAUAUAUACGUACACUUCAAGUCAACAAAAUAAAGCCUUUGAUAUUUCCAUUCUUUAUUGCAAAACUUACAAACAAUGACUUGUGGAAGUUUUGAUGCAUCUCUUCCAAUGAACCUUAAUUUUCAUGGGAUUGUCACUAUUAGUUCUUUGAUCAGUUUGCAAUGUGCAAAAUGGAUAUCUUAUACUAGCAGGAAUUCGAUAACCAGAAAGUUUCCAUUUUUUUUUUCCUGUGCUGAAGUGCAAAAGUGGAUUAAGUUUCCAUGAUUCAGUCUACUCAAAGUCGGUAUCACAUAAACGAAUUGGCUGUGAAAUUGUUAGUUUCUUAAGCAUUAUACUAAACCAACCAUUUGGAAAUGUUGCUUUGAUAAAUUCUAUCAAGCGAAAACCACAAACGGAAAACCAAAAACAUAACCGUUAUCAAAUUA